AUGGCGAGGGGCACGAGGGAUCUCGUCGCUGCCCCGGCGACCUCGCUCGUCGUCCUGCUCCUUGUGCUCCUCAUCAUGCCAAGCACCGCCGCCGCCGUCCCCAGCAUCGACGCCACGCUGACGCGCCACCUCCCGCUUCCCCGCGGGCUGCUGCGCGGCCCGGAGAGCGUCGCCUUCGACGCCAAAGGCCAGGGCCCGUACAGCGGCGUCUCCGACGGCCGCGUCCUCAAGUGGAACGGCGACAAGCUCGGCUGGACGACUUACGCCUACGGCCCCGACUACAGAAGCGAGGAAUGCACGGCGACCAUCCUCCGCCCGGAGACCGCCACCGAGAGCCACUGCGGCCGCCCGCUGGGCCUGCGGUUCCAUCUCAGGUCGGGGAACCUCUACAUAGCUGACGCGUACAAGGGGCUCAUGAGGGUCGGCCCCGGCGGCGGCAAGGCCACGGUGCUGGUCACCGAGGUUGACGGCGCGCCUCUCCGGUUUACCAACGGGGUCGACGUCGACCAGGUGACCGGCGAGGUCUACUUCACCGACAGCUCCAUGACCUACCAGAGGUCGCAGCACGAGAUGGUCACCAGAACCGGCGACUCUACGGGGCGCCUCAUGAGGUACGACCCGCGGACAGGGAAGGUCGCCCUGCUCAAGGCCGGCAUCACCUACCCCAACGGCCUCGCCCUCAGCGCUGAUAGAACGCACCUCGUGAUCUCUUCCACCGGGCCAUGCAAACUAUUGAGGUACUGGAUCAAGGGCGCCAAGGCCGGCACCAUCGGGCUAUUCGCUGAUCUGCCGGGGUAUCCCGACAAUGUGAGGCCCGACAAGAGAGGGGGAUAUUGGGUGGCGUUGCACCGUGAAAAGACGGAACUCCCAUUUGGCGUCGAUAGCCACCUGCUGGCCUUGAGGAUCGGAGCCGAUGGGAAGGUACUCGAGGAGAUGCGGGGCCCAAAAAGCGUGAGGCCGACCGAGGUGGCGGAGAGGAAAGGCGGCCGACUCUUCAUGGGAUCCGUCGAACUUCCUUACGUGGCCGUGGUCACACGCAAAUAGAUGUCACGUUCAGGAUUUUGUAGAUUAAGAGCAGCUUUAGGA